GAUAUGCUUUCGAUUUCGACAAAAUUAAUUAAAAUGCAAUCGGUUUUUUAUAAACACAUUAUUAUUCGUGUUUGUAAAAGGUAUGUUUUCGAAGAAAACAAAAAAUUUGAGAAUCAAGCUUUUUUAUAUCGAUAUAUCUCGUAAAAUCACUGAUUUAGGCGGUACUUCAAACAGGGCAAACGUUAUAACAAUAUCCCCGAACGUUAUAACAAUAUUACGAAGAUCUUCAAUACAACUCACAAAAGAAGUCAGUGAAAUAAAAUACGAAAAGAGAAAACAAGCCAAAUUUUCAAAUUUGUUAUUGUAAGAGUACAAAACUGCUAGAAAUUUAUGAUUUCUACGUGAAACAUAAUGCGGCACAUCGCGAUCGCUUCUCGUGCAACUUUAAUCAAUGAUGUGCGCAAUAAAUAAAUUCGCGGUACAGAUCUACCAGACUCGCAAUAAGCGAUCGAUCUUUUUUAUCGUGCGCUCGAAGCUUGUUUAUCCUCGAAUUAACGGUCCGAGCGACCCUGGGGACUUGACAUUCUUAAUUGAGGGAAAAAAAAAGGGAAAAAAAGGAAGCAGGUGGAGAGAAGACCUUGACGCGGCGGCGCAUGCGACGGAGCUGCAAAGUUGGUGGCGGACAAUGUAACACGCCGCGGCGGCCGAUACACUUUUAUUUCGGAUCGGUGCAUAAUUACACGGGACACGGUUCUUUCGCGCGCGUCUCGCUCUCGCUCUCGCUUUCGCUUUCGCGCGUCGCCCGAAGCCCGAAGUCGCGCCAUCGGGCAUCGGCCAUUUUGCCAGCCGGAGAAACUAUGGCCAUCUGACAUCCAUCGCACGCGAAGUUCCCGCAGCGCGUCUCGCACGGCGAAAACAACAACGCAGUUCUCAUCGGAGUAUCGUACGGGGGUGAUCGCGUUUAAAUCACGAAGCGCAACGACGACGACGUUACCGUGAGCAGCUCGCUUGUCAGUCAUGCACCGCACGACAACGUCAUCGUGAGUGCACUUGUGUAACUGUGACGCGUGUGACGUCUAACCUAUGACUCGCUUCUGAAGGGAGUGCACGGGCGCGGAUCACGGGGUCGUGGAUCGCGCUCUACUUCGCUCGGUUUCGCACGGGAGAAGAGAUGCGAUCGCGACGACGGCCGACGGACACGACGCCCGUCGACAGCGAGUGAACAGCGGAUACAUCCGCGGCGAGUAUCGCGCGACACCACGCCGCCGGCGCCCCACGAGGACUGUAUGUACACACGCCCGAUCUCCGCACUUUCGAGUCACGCGAAAAACUUCGCCCGCGGCACCGCGCGAAUGUUGGCGAUGCGCGACGACGCAGCCACGUUCGAGGCCACGCGAGGAAGUCCACGCCGAGUAAUCGACCAGCGAGUGAUAAGCGACGUUGUUUCCGUCGAGGGUGUCUGUCGCUUUCCGGACUCGAUAGCGCGACACGUUUGCGUCGCAUGAGAUUUCGUCAGACUUCACUCGGGAGGAAGUUCAGGCCGCCUGACAAUUAUGCGACUCGACCAGCUCUCAUUCGCGUUUAAGCAGUAACAGCGAGACCACCGCCGAAAGAAUACUCUACCACCGUUGCAGCGGACACGUACCAAUGGAUAGCUGAAAUAUUUUUCUAAGAUUGUAAGAGCCUACGCAGGAGAGAGCACUGAACCAGCAGAUUACGAUGUUUCAUAUGUAAUAGCGUUACGUUUAAGGUGUCACGUCACGAGGAGUCUGGAUAUCGUUGCGGUGUAUGAGAGAGGGAGAGAAGGUGUACCUUUUAUAACGUGCCAGUAGACCUCACACGAGGAAUCGCACGCUGUAUCCGAGUGCCACACACGUAUGAAAAGGGUUCAGGAACAAUCAGUUCAGUGCCAUGUACAGAAAUCUCUCAGAAAUAUCUCUGUCCAACGAAACUAGUACUGUCACAUUUGCGAUAUGAGAUAUCGUCGAGGAUAAAGUCUGAUCGGAGGAAUCUUUGGAUCUUUUGGUAGUCUCUGUAUCAUUUUUAAGAAAUAUGGAUGAGAGAAGAGUAGCAGAUUAUUUUGUUAUCGCUGGUUUACCUGGUCAGGACGACGAGCUUAGCCAGGAUAAUGAGAGUAACAACAAGCUGGAGGACUGGUGUCAGGAGGGGACACAUCUCAAGGACAUGCACAUGCCACCUCCUAUCACAGAUCUCGCUGUGAUAUUCCCCGCGCUGGGUGAACACUGUCCUGAGGGAUAUACAUUGUUAGAACAGACUGUAUCGGGUUUCCCUGCAGAUUUGAAUCAUGGGAGCCUACGAACAAAUGAGUGUUAUCUGUGCUACAGAAGAGGACGGGACAAACCUCCUUUAGUUGAUAUUGGUGUGAUAUACGAUGGAAAGGAACGUAUAAUGCAGGAUGCUGAAAUGGUACUAGAAACCCCCAAAGGCUACGUGGCAAACGUGAAUAAUUCUACUUCAAAGAUUUUUGUAACGUACAGACGGGCGAGUCGGAAGAUGCCUUGCAAUUCUCUUGUCGUUACGGACAUAUGUGUUAUAUUGACGAAUAAGGGGGAGAGUCCGCCUCACGCGUUCUGCGUUAUUAAUAAGAAUUUGAACAAAGGAAUGUUAGGCAGCGAUGUGUUUUUAUGUUACAAGAAAUCUAUGAAUCGCGCCAAUCUGAUAUCAUUUAAACCAGCAAUACUCUACAAGUAUCCGAUGGCCGACUACAACAGUUUCGUCUUUCCGAAUUCUGUCGCAAUGUUUUGUCUACCAAUGGGUGCGACUAUAGAAUGUUGGCCUAAAGUAGCGUGUAAACCCAAACCAGUAUUUUCGACGUUCGUCUUGACCGUCGCGGACGCUGCUCAAAAGAUAUACGGUUCAGCAAUAACGUUUUACGAGGAGCUUCAGCUGGAAACGGACACCGCAAAUUGCAAAAACAAUCUGGAAAUCAUGGAUACGACUGACGAGAAUGACAGAAACAGUGCAGAAAACAUAGAGAUAACUAAGAACAAGCCGCAAGUGAAAAUGAAGAUAUUCAAGAGAUCUGGCAUACUAAAGAAACUUAAUAUACUGCAGCUGGAGAAGUUGCAGUACACGGAUCCGGCGAGUCAGUCGCUGAAUAUUAGCAAGUCCAUAUGUAUAUUGUCACAUUGGCCAUUCUUCGACACGUUCGAAAAGUUCUUGGUUUUCCUGCACGGCAUGGUGAACGGUAAACCGCAGAGCGUUCCAAUCGAGAAGUACAUCUCCUAUUUUUUAUGUGAUAUACCAUUUCCGAGUCCGCAACGCCCGAGGAUCCUGGUACAGCUUAGCAGUCAGAACAGACUGAUCCUGACGCAACCGGAGGACUUGGCUCUGCCUAGAUCGGGCGCAAGUUUCAGGCAACUACUGAUAAACCUCGGACCCGACAACUGUUUGCUAAUUUUGUUGUUGAUAUUAACCGAGCAGAAAAUACUGGUUCAUUCUUUACGCCCGGACGUACUUACCUCAGUAAGCGAGGCUAUUGCCAUGAUUCUGUUUCCUUUCAAGUGGCAAUGUCCUUAUAUACCGUUGUGUCCUCUAGGUUUAGCGGAGGUGUUGCACGCACCAUUACCGUUUCUGAUUGGUGUAGACUCGAGGUUCUUUGAUUUAUACGAUCCCCCUUCUGAUGUCAACUGCGUGAAUUUGGAUACUAAUAACAUAGCCAUUUGCGAUGAUAAAAAAUACUUGAAUGUAAAACUGUUACCUAAAAAGGCAGCCAGGCAGCUCAGAAAUUGGUUGGAGCUCCUAUCCUCGAAAAUCAUUUCCUGGGGAAAAACCAACUGCUCCCAAAAAGAUCGGGGAGACGAAGAUUUUAGCGUGGACAGAGAAUUUCAACAAAAACGAAGAGAGCAAGCUCUAGAACUCGAAAUACAGGACGCUUUCCUAAGAUUUAUGGCCACAAUUCUCAAAGGAUAUCGAAGUUGUUUAUUACCGAUUACGAAAGCACCUACCGUAGGGACAACGGAUCCGACGAGUUUAUUCAAUAUUCAAGCAUUUUUGAGGAGUCGCGACAAAGCUCACGCUAAAUUUUACACCAUGCUCGUCAGAACACAAAUGUUUAUCAGAUUUAUAGAAGAGAGGAGUUUUGUAUCUGACAUGGAUAUGGCAGGAUUAGCGUUUUUCGAUGAGUGUACGGAACGAGUUGAGGAGGAAAAUGUAACUCUCCUGGAACUGGAUGAAUCUCAGCACAGCGAGCGUACAGUAUUUAUACCGCCGCCUGAGGCAGGGACAAAUCAAACACCACUAAUAUACAAGUCAUUCAAACUGAAUCCAGAUCUGAUGAGGCCUCAGAAGAACUUCUGUUUGAGAAAUCCAUCUUUAAGUGCCUUUGGUAUGGUACCUGGAAGUCCUAUGGCUCGUAGAACGAAGCACGAAAUCAAAGUUGCUCAAAGGAUGGCCCGAAAACAAGCUGCGAUGCCAGACAGAUGGGGCAAAUGUCUACUUGGUACGUGUUACAGUCUUUGGUUUUUGCACUUGCCAGCUAUGUUGCAAGUUUCCAGCCAACCCGCUGCGAUUCUGCAUCAGGCUUACGAACUAUUAGUCAAGAUGCAGAAAUUACGUCUUGAUCCUAUGGAAGAGGUAUGCUAUAGAGCGAUGAUGCAACUUUGUGGCGUGUACGGACAACCAGUUUUAGCUGUAAAGCUGCUGUUCCACAUGAAACGCAGUGGCGUUCAACCUAAUGCUUUGACAUACGGAUUUUACAACAAGGCCGUUCUCGAAGCAACAUGGCCUUCCGAUAUGACGAAUUCGAGUCAAUUGAUGUGGAACAAGCUGCGAAAUGUCAUUGUUGGUGCGGCUUUGUUUAAAAAGGCUGGGAAGAAGAGCGCCCGCAGACGAUUGAGUUCCAAUGUGGACUUUUUGACCGCCGAUAAGAUUGAAGGCAUGGAGCACGCGCUCUCCCGGUCCAGUCUCGACAGUUCGCAUUCUCAGGACACUGAAGCUGCGCACAGUGAUUCUACCAAAGGCAGUUCUGUAUCGGACCUACCUGGAUUCGGGUCGUUCGAACUAAAAGCUAAACUCCUGCGGCAAAACAGUAUAGUAAAGGAUCAGACAACAUUAAAUAUGUUACAGUCGGACGAACUGGAUCACACACCAAGUAACCCAAGGCUAACGCGCAGUGUUGAAUCACCAUUAAAAAGUCCCAUACGCACACCAGUUACGGAAAAUGACCCAUUGGGUGCUCUCAUUAAUGACGAAACACCAAUUGUGUCACCUUCCGAGGAGAACGACUCAAAUUGCUCAACAAGUACUUUAACCGUUUUAAACAAUACGACUGAAGAGAGACCAGGAGGACCGCUCUUAUUUAGAAGCAAUAUCCUCCCACGUAGUGCAACCUUUCAUCAAGCGGUAGAUGAAAGUGGCAUGACAGUGGGCGGGCAUUUGCAGAGGAGUGAGACGAUGCCUCACUCCGUGGCACAACAAGGGGAGCAGGAGAGAGAAAAGGAGAGACUGGAAAUAAGCAGUCUUUGGUCGCAAAAUAAGGAUAGCGUAACGUCCAGCCUCUCUAGCAUAGGAUCUAGUCUUAAACUUAGUUUCGGACGAUACUCCACGGGUGGAUUGGCGUUUGCCAAAAAUAAGGAUUUAAUAUCAUCGAAUCAACUUAUUGAAUCUCUUAGUCUCUCCAGUUAUAUCAGCCCAUCGAGUUUGACAGGCAAGAAAUCGAACGAAAUAAUCCUUGGUGGUCUAAACAGUUUGAAAUCUGCCGCGACUACCGUCGUGAAGAAAUUUGACGAGAUAAAGGAGGCCAUCUCGGCGACGAGUACACCAGUAAAAAUUAAGGAACGUGAACAAAAGUUAGCUUACGGCAUAUCGCACGAAUCUCUCGAUUCGCUUACUGACGGAUCCAUACAAGAUCGAAAUGAGAUUUCCACAAGAGCAUCAGUAGGUGAUGGAAACUUGGAUCUGUGUUCACUGUACGAACUCGCAGAAUGCCUGUAUCCAAAGGGCACUAGAGAAUUAGAGGAGCGUCUUGCCAUCGAACUUGUACUCUCCAGUGCCAGCAGGUGCCAUCAUUGUGCCGCCAUUCUGUACGAUGAAGAGAUUAUGGCUGGCUGGCAGCCGGAGGACUCCAACUUGAACACAGUUUGCCAAUAUUGUGACAAGGCUACCGUACCUCUCCUCACGGUUACGAUACUGGACUACAGAUGCGAAGCAAGUGAGAAAAAUAGCGAUCCUCUAAUGGGGGCAUUGGUCGAAUUGCUCGAUCGGCCGAAAGAAUCGUUGGAGCCGAUAACGGUACCGUAUCUGAACCCAUUAGUUCUGAGAAAAGAGUUGGAAAGCGUGCUGAGUCAAGAGGGGGACAUCUGCCUCACCAAGCACAGGUUUAUUCAGGAGCAUCCGAUAGUCUAUUGGAAUCUGAUAUGGUACUUUGAGAGGAUCAAUUUAACGAGCAAUCUGCCUGAUCUCUGGCUGAGCAACGAUAAGAGUUCGGAGCUUCAAAGAACUGCGGGUUCAGUGGGCGUUAGAACCAUGUGGGACAACGAGCGACUGCACAUGGAUCGUUUGCCUAUGUAUCUCCAAUGGAAAUUAAAUUCUACGGAGGAUAGAACAUUGAUGCAGACAGUGAUAACGUAUGUCCGUUGCAACGACUUAGCGGAACCUAUCAUAAGAGUGGCCUUAGAAAGAAGCAAACAUCAGUCGACCGAUCACCCGUUUUCUAUAUACAGGGAUAUCCUGUUCCUGGCAUUUACUGUACUCGGAAGGACGAAUAUCGACCAAGGCGUCUUCGACAGGGAAUACAGUUUGUCGCUGGAGAAAUUCUCGGAAAACGAGGAGAAGCUAUUACAUAAAAUUGACGCGCCGCCGACGAUGAUGUCGGUGUACUGCAGGUAUUAUUUCAAGCAAUUGAACGUUUGAGGACGACCCCGAGCGGCCGUAGCCCCAAGGGAAGCUUGAAAGAAAGAUCGUUCCGUCUGCGGAGUAUCGAAGAAGGAAGUGCGACACUGUGCGAAUAACGAAUUCUCGUGAGCGUGAGAAUUCCGGCUCUACCUUCGCAAUUGCGCACGGGAGGAGAAGUUGCGCGCGAGGGACGGCGUUAUCAGACGACACCGACACGCUUCAUCGAUGUGUUUCCCGAUGAACAUCCGGCGCCGACGUCCGUUACAUGUUGAAUGUUUAUUAUUGUCUAACACACACGAAUGAUUAAUAUUAUCGAUUAUGAUGAUUUGCACCCGGGAUUCCGACUUACGGGAUGUCCUUUCAAGAAAACGCACGCAGAUUGCGACGCGGAUGGCGUCGUAAAACGUGACCGAGCGGUCACGUGGCGUGCGAGCUAAUGUACCUCAUCCUCAUUUCUUCGUGAGACUCUGCUUAAUCGCUGACACCCGUGAAUACUUGUCUUUGCUUGCGCAACGAUACAAGCGGAUCGUCGGAUUCGCGCUUCUGUUUUACGCUUUCUCGAACGCGAAAAACUACCGGGAUUAGCUACCGGAUCGGUGUUGCAUCGAGAGCGUCUCAGGCUUAACGCGUUGGUCGAAUUCUUCAUUCGCGUGGGAAGAACAACCCGGAAAGGAAUAGUGUUGGGAAUCGUAGUCGUCGAGCGAUCGACGCUGUCGAUGCUACCGAGAUCGUAUCACGAGAUCAGGUGCAAUAGAAGUUGAACAAUAAUAACGGUUUUUAACUAAUCGUAUGUCUCUUUGAGAUCUUCGUAUAUUUAUAUUGUAAUUGUUUUUAACGGUUAUUGACUCUUUCCUUUCUCGACAAAUCCGAGUCGCGCGUGUCCCUCCGAUUAGUGAUUCGGUAACUCGCGCAGCGCGUUAGUAGUAUCUAAGAGUACAACGUUGAAAAAGUGUCAAGUACCAAAGAACUUACGGACUGGAAAAAAGCGACUGCAAGUUCAAUUCCCUCCAGGUGUGCUGUGACCUUAAAUCUUUCAGUCCGACACGUAAUAUCUGCAAGGAAGAAGGAGAUGAAGAGAAAGAAAAAGGCUGCCACAGGUCGGUGUUAAACGAGGCAGCCUAAUAUACCAAUUAUUUUUUUUACCGCAAAAAGAAUGAGAGGAAGAGAGAGAGAGAGAGAGAGAGAGCGACGUGACUUAUCACGUGACAUGACGAGACGCAGUAUUCUUUCCUUGUACUCUUAGAUAGAAACGUUUAUAUUGCACGAAAAACACAGGAUGUAAAAAUAUUGUUUCUCUGCGUCCCAGGUGAAAAGUGUCCUUCACGGGCGUGACGUUGAAACUCGACUACUUGUCCUCGGAUUAGAUAUGCUUAGCGUGAGAGGGAAUAUUUUUAUGAAUUUUAGACAUUCGAAGCAUUUGUAAUAGCUUAGUGAACUUAGGCGACCGCUGAUAUCGCACGAUUUAUUCUACGUCGGAAACGGAAACGUUGAGAUUGUUCGUCGAAGAAGGAAACUCAACACGAAUUAUUACGGCCUUCCAGUGCCGUGCACUUUUCACCCCGGACACCCGCGGAUGAAUGUACGUUCAUUCAGUUCAAUACUACGAAAAUGUAGAUUAUGAAGAAAAUAAAGUUGAGGUAUUUUACAAAAGUGA